AUGCUCAUCGAGCACGGCGCCGACAUCAAUUACGCCUCCUAUAACAACGGCCAAACCCCCCUCUUUCGUGCCGCCGCCGCUAGAACCACAGACGCAUUGGCCCUCUUCAUCGAGAAAGGAGCAAACGUGAACGCAACAGACUUCUGCAAAGCGACCGCCCUCCACGAGGCCGCCUCCUCCGGCCGGAUCCCUGCGAUCGAGAUGCUCAUUAAAAACUUCGCCUCGGUCGACGCCAAAGACCGCGAGAAGCAAACACCACUCUACUACGCCGUUGAGCAUGGCCAGGAGGAUGUAGUCCGCAAGCUCCUCGAACACGGCGCCGACAUCAACAUCAAGGACAGGGUCGGCAUGUCCCCGCUCAGCCGUGCGUGCGCACAGUGCGCGGUUCAUAUAAAUGUCGACAUGGUUCAACUGUUGAUAGAGAAUGGUGCGGAUGUGAGGAGCAAGGAUGAAGAUGGAAUGACGCCGCUGCAUCAUGCCUGCAGAGAGGGACAUGAGGAGGUGGUUAGGCGGCUGCUCAAGGCCGGGGCCAGCGCCAAAGCGAUGGACAAGCGUGGCGAGAAUGCGCUGGCUGUUGCCUGGUCGUUCCAGAAGCUGAAUAUUGUGAAUUUACUGAGGAUGAAUAUGGGCAUGAUUGCGUGCUAG